AUGCUACUUCACAUAUUUUUAAUAUCUAUUCUUUGCUUUCAAGGCAAUGGCAAAUAUGAUCCAAAAAUUGAUAUUCUGAUUCAUAAAGAUUGCAAGUACAGUCAAGCAUUGAAAACUCUUCUAGACUGGAGUGGCACAGAAUAUGGAAUUUUGGACAUGGAUAAAAACAUGGACUUAGUCAAUCAAGACAAGCACAUUCCCAAAGUGUUUAUUAAUGGAAAGCUCAUUGGCGGGUACAGAGACUCUCUAAAUAUGUGGCAGUAUGUAUAUAGAAAACUGCCCUUAGAAUUGGACUUUUCAAGAUUGUACAAUCCCGAAUAUGUUAUAUCAAAAUAUUCAAAAUCUGGAGAAUCUGAAAUUGCCAAGUGA